GACAGCAUUUCUAGGAGGGAGAAGCACAAAGUGCAGAUUCCACUGUGCCCAUGAAAGAAGGGGAAGAAAAAGCCCAGGCAAAUGUCUUGUUGUUAUUGAGCUUUCCUACUGCAACAAGGCUGACGGAUGGGGCUUUUAAAAAACGUCACUGCAACAGAUCCAGGGGUGCAGCUCUGCUUGCUGCAGCGCCAUGCAGUUGUGUAUAUUUCAGAGACAGACACAAGGGGAAGUAGCAGCCAGUGCACACGCGGGCUGCUCACUGGAAGCAUUGCUGAAGAGAGAGGAUCCACAGAAGCUGGGAAAUUCCUCCUCCAGCUGAGUCAGGGCUUGAGUGGUGGCUCAGGUUGAGACUGUGGGCAGGGGCGGGGGCGGCGCUCCCAGCCCAUCCCUCAGCCCUGCGGCUGCCUUGGGGAGAGCCGUGUGGGCAGGGAGGCUGUCUGCACCGUGUCAGGGAGGCACGCCAAGAAACCCUCCCUCCCAGGGGAAAACGGGUCGCAGUUCAGGUGGGGACUUCUUUGGUACGGUACCUGGCUGGAGCAGAGCCUGUGGGCGGCCGGCAGCGGGCGUUUCUGGUUAUGGCAGCCCAGAAAUGAAAGCAGUCGCGGCCGCCGCCUCUGAGGGCUGCAGGGAGAUCAGCACUCAGCAAAUAAGAAGCAAGUCCUGGACCCGGAGGAGGAGGAGCGGCCGAGCAUCUCUCUCCCGCUCCUGGUGUCCUUUAAAUGAGGACUCCCUGCCAGCGCCAGAGGUAGAUCUGCAGAGCCUUCCUCUCCGCUCCUGAUCCCGCUUACAUCACUAACCUGUGCCAGGCGCAUCUCCACGCCCGGUACCUGCUCCUCCAGCGGCUCCCAGUCCAGUCGGAGGAGCCUCUUUGUAUGCAGCCGACAUGGCCAGCCAGCAGGAUUCCGGCUUCUUUGAGAUCAGUAUCAAAUAUUUACUGAAAUCCUGGAGUAAUACUUCUCCAGUUGGCAACGGUUAUAUCAAGCCUCCGGUUCCACCUGUUUCUGGCACACAACGGGAGAAAGGGCCGCCAACCAUGUUACCCAUCAAUGUGGACCCAGACAGCAAACCAGGAGAAUAUGUCCUCAAGAGUUUAUUUGUCAACUUCACCACUCAGGCUGAGCGCAAGAUUCGCAUCAUUAUGGCAGAACCCCUGGAAAAGCCAUUGACAAAAUCUCUACAACGUGGAGAAGACCCCCAAUUUGAUCAAGUCAUUAGCUCCAUGAGCUCCCUUUCUGAGUACUGCCUGCCUUCCAUUCUGCGUACCUUAUUUGACUGGUAUAAAAGGCAAAAUGGCAUUGAGGAUGAAUCACAUGAAUACAGACCAAGAACAAGUAAUAAAUCAAAAAGUGAUGAACAGCAGCGAGAUUAUUUAAUGGAAAGACGGGACCUCGCCAUUGAUUUUAUUUUUUCUUUAGUAUUAAUAGAAGUUUUGAAACAGAUUCCACUUCAUCCUGUAAUAGACAGUUUAAUACACGAUGUUAUUAACUUGGCUUUCAAGCACUUUAAAUACAAAGAAGGGUACCUUGGUCCUAACACUGGCAAUAUGCACAUUGUGGCAGACCUGUAUGCAGAGGUCAUUGGAGUGUUGGCACAAGCUAAAUUCCCUGCUGUAAAGAAGAAAUUUAUGGCAGAGCUAAAAGAAUUACGGCACAAAGAGCAAAGCCCAUAUGUUGUUCAAAGCAUUAUCAGCUUGAUAAUGGGGAUGAAAUUCUUUCGAAUUAAGAUGUAUCCAGUGGAGGACUUUGAGGCCUCUCUUCAGUUUAUGCAGGAAUGUGCCCAUUACUUCCUUGAGGUCAAAGACAAAGAUAUUAAGCAUGCCUUGGCUGGGCUUUUUGUUGAAAUUCUUGUCCCAGUUGCUGCUGCUGUUAAAAAUGAAGUCAAUGUUCCCUGCCUUAGAAACUUCGUUGAAAGCCUAUAUGAUACCACGCUGGAACUUUCUUCUCGAAAGAAGCAUUCCUUGGCCCUGUACCCCCUGGUGACCUGUCUGCUCUGUGUCAGUCAGAAGCAGCUGUUCCUGAACAGGUGGCACAUUUUCCUAAACAACUGCUUAUCCAACCUUAAAAAUAAAGACCCCAAGAUGGCUCGAGUUGCACUGGAAUCUCUGUACAGAUUACUUUGGGUUUACAUGAUUCGAAUAAAGUGUGAAAGCAACACAGCUACUCAGAGCCGUCUUAUAACCAUCAUCACAACACUUUUCCCCAAAGGGUCCCGUGGUGUGGUACCAAGGGAUAUGCCUCUGAACAUCUUUGUGAAAAUCAUCCAGUUCAUUGCCCAGGAACGUUUAGAUUUUGCAAUGAAAGAAAUCAUUUUUGAUUUUCUUUGUGUGGGAAAACCAGCAAAGGCUUUCAGUCUCAAUCCAGAGAGAAUGAACAUUGGUUUACGAGCAUUCUUGGUAAUAGCCGAUAGCUUGCAGCAGAAAGAUGGUGAACCUCCCAUGCCGGUUACAGGAGCUGUUCUCCCUUCAGGCAACACCCUGAGAGUGAAGAAGACAUAUUUGAGUAAAACGCUAACUGAAGAGGAAGCCAAAAUGAUUGGCAUGUCAUUAUAUUACUCUCAAGUACGAAAAGCUGUGGACAACAUUUUAAGGCACCUUGAUAAAGAAGUAGGAAGGUGUAUGAUGCUAACUAAUGUCCAGAUGUUAAACAAAGAACCCGAAGACAUGAUCACGGGUGAGAGAAAGCCAAAAAUAGAUCUUUUCAGGACCUGUGUUGCUGCCAUUCCUCGACUGCUUCCUGAUGGGAUGUCAAAACUUGAACUUAUUGACUUGCUGGCGAGGCUCUCUAUUCAUAUGGACGAUGAACUGCGACAUAUUGCACAAAAUUCUCUUCAGGGUUUACUUGUUGACUUCUCAGACUGGAGGGAAGAUGUACUAUUUGGCUUCACCAACUUCCUGCUCCGGGAGGUCAAUGACAUGCAUCACACACUCCUUGAUUCGUCCUUGAAGUUACUGCUCCAGCUGCUCACUCAGUGGAAACUGGUCAUACAAACUCAAGGAAAAGUCUAUGACCAAGCCAACAAAAUCAGAAAUUCAGAGCUAAUUCCAAAUGGCUCCAGCCACAGAACGCAGUCGGAACGAGGCCCCCACUGCAGUGUGCUCCAUGCUGUGGAAGGCUUUGCACUGGUUUUACUCUGCAGCUUCCAGGUGGCUACACGCAAACUGUCUGUUUUAAUACUCAAGGAAAUCCGAGCUUUAUUUGUUGCCCUGGGUCAGCCUGAGGACGAUGACAGACCUAUGAUUGAAGUCAUGGAUCAGCUAAGUUCUUCCAUUCUCGAAAGUUUUAUUCAUGUAGCAGUUUCGGAUUCAGCAACAUUACCGCUGACCCACAGCGUGGAUCUGCAGUGGUUGGUGGAGUGGAACGCAGUCCUGGUCAAUAGCCAUUAUGAUGUGAAGAGCCCGUCCCAUGUCUGGAUAUUUGCUCAGUCUGUCAAAGACCCCUGGGUCCUCUGCCUCUUCAGUUUCCUCCGGCAGGAGAACUUGCCCAAGCACUGCCCCACAGCCCUCAGCUACGCCUGGCCGUACGCCUUCACUCGGCUCCAAUCCGUGAUGCCUCUGGUAGACCCAAAUAGCCCAAUUAAUGCCAAGAAAACCAGCACUGCCGGCAGUGGAGACAACUAUGUUACCUUGUGGAGAAAUUACCUUAUUCUUUGUUUUGGAGUUGCAAAACCCAGUAUUAUGAGCCCUGGACACUUAAGAGCUUCCACUCCAGAAAUAAUGGCGACCACCCCUGAUGGUACAGUGAGCUACGAUAACAAGGCCAUAGGCACCCCAUCGGUGGGCGUUCUGUUAAAGCAGUUGGUGCCUUUGAUGAGACUAGAGGGCAUUGAGAUCACAGAGUCCUUAGUUUUAGGAUUUGGAAGAACAAAUUCCCUUGUUUUCAGAGAAUUGGUAGAAGAACUUCAUCCAUUAAUGAAAGAAGCUCUGGAACGAAGACCAGAGAACAAGAAACGCCGAGAACGGCGAGACUUGUUAAGGCUACAGUUACUUCGAAUUUUUGAACUUUUGGCUGAUGCUGGUGUAAUAAGUGACAGCACAAAUGGGGCCUUAGAACGGGAUACUUUAGCCCUCGGAGCUUUGUUCCUGGAAUACGUGGACCUAACUCGCAUGCUCCUAGAAGCUGAAAAUGACAAAGAAGUUGAAAUUCUUAAAGAUAUCCGGGCACAUUUUAGUGCAAUGGUCGCCAACUUGAUUCAGUGCGUUCCAGUUCACCACCGAAGAUUUCUCUUCCCCCAGCAAAGCCUGAGGCACCAUCUUUUCAUCUUAUUUAGCCAGUGGGCAGGACCCUUCAGCAUUAUGUUCACUCCUCUGGAUCGUUACAGUGAUAGAAAUCAUCAGAUUACAAGAUACCAGUAUUGUGCAUUAAAGGCAAUGUCUGCAGUGUUGUGCUGUGGCCCGGUGUUUGACAACGUGGGCCUUUCCCCAGAUGGCUACCUAUAUAAGUGGCUUGACAACAUUCUGGCUUGCCAAGAUUUACGAGUUCAUCAACUUGGCUGCGAAGUUGUUGUGUUGCUAUUGGAACUUAAUCCUGACCAAAUAAAUCUUUUUAAUUGGGCAAUUGACCGAUGCUACACAGGUUCCUACCAACUUGCAUCUGGCUGCUUCAAAGCCAUAGCAACUGUGUGUGGAAGCAGGAACUAUCCCUUCGACAUAGUGACAUUGUUAAACCUUGUUCUAUUCACGGCCUCUGACACCAACAGAGAGAUUUAUGAAAUCUCCAUGCAGCUCAUGCAGAUCCUUGAAGCAAAGCUCUUUGUAUACUCCAAGAAAGUAGCUGAACAGCGACCUGGCAGUAUUCUCUAUGGAACACACGGCCCAUUGCCACCCCUCUACAGUAUGUCACUAGCCCUCUUGUCAUGCGAACUGGCCAGGAUGUACCCUGAGCUCACUCUCCCACUCUUCUCAGAGGUAAGCCAGCGAUUCCCCACGACGCACCCCAAUGGGCGUCAGAUCAUGCUCACCUAUCUGCUGCCCUGGCUGCACAACAUCGAGCUGGUGGACAGCAGGCUCCUCCUCCCAGGGUCAAGCCCCAGCAGCCCGGAGGAUGACGUCAAAGACCGGGAAGGAGAAGUGACCGCAGCUCAUGGGCUGAAAGGGAAUGGCUGGGGCUCCCCGGAAGCUACGUCACUGGUCCUGAAUAAUCUCAUGUACAUGACGGCCAAGUACGGAGAUGAAGUUCCUGGCCCAGAAAUGGAAAAUGCUUGGAAUGCUCUAGCCAACAACGAGAAAUGGAGCAACAAUCUGAGGAUCACCUUGCAGUUCCUGAUCAGCCUGUGUGGGGUUAGCAGUGACACACUUCUCUUGCCCUAUAUUAAAAAGGUGGCAAUAUAUCUGUGCCGUAAUAACACCAUUCAAACUAUGGAAGAGCUUCUCUUUGAGCUACAGCAGACAGAGCCGGUGAACCCCAUCGUCCAACACUGUGACAACCCACCCUUCUACCGCUUCGCAGCCAGCAGCAAGGCCUCCGCAGCAGCCUCCGGCACCACCUCCAGCAGCAACACGGUGGUUGCUGGCCAGGACAGUUUCCCAGACGCUGAGGAGAGCAAGAUAUUGAAAGAAUCUGAUGAGAGGUUUAGUAAUGUCAUCAGAGCCCACACUCGCCUAGAGUCAAGAUACAGCAAUAGCUCCGGAGGAUCGUAUGAUGAGGAUAAAAAUGACCCAAUUUCUCCCUACACGGGCUGGUUGUUGACUAUUACAGAGACCAAACAGCCACAGCCCUUACCAAUGCCUUGUACUGGAGGAUGCUGGGCCCCCCUGGUUGACUACCUCCCAGAGACCAUCACUCCUCGGGGGCCACUCCACAGGUGCAAUAUUGCAGUAAUUUUUAUGACUGAGAUGGUGGUGGAUCACAGUGUAAGAGAAGAUUGGGCUCUUCAUCUACCAUUAUUACUUCAUGCUGUCUUCUUAGGUUUGGACCAUUACCGGCCUGAAGUCUUUGAACACAGCAAGAAAUUGCUCCUUCAUCUCUUGAUCGCCCUCUCCUGCAAUAGCAGUUUUCAGGCCAUUGCUUCUGUGCUCCUGCAAACUCGAGAGAUGGGUGAAGCUAAGACCCUAACAGUUCAGCCAGCUUAUCAACCUGAAUAUCUCUACACAGGUGGCUUUGACUUCUUGAGAGAGGACCAGUCAUCCCCAGUUCCAGACUCGGGGCUUAGCUCCAGUUCCACCUCCUCCAGCAUCAGUCUGGGAGGAAGCAGUGGGAACCUCCCGCAGAUGACCCAAGAGGCAGAAGAUGCAGACACAGCUGCUGAAACGGAUGAGAAGGCAAACAAGCUCAUUGAGUUUCUGACGACCAGGGCAUUUGGUCCACUUUGGUGCCAUGAAGACAUCACGCCCAAAAAUCAGAAUUCGAAGAGUGCUGAACAGCUCACUAAUUUUCUGCGUCAUGUUGUAUCUGUAUUUAAAGAUUCCAAAUCAGGUUUCCAUCUGGAGCAACACUUGAGUGAAGUUGCGUUACAGACAGCCCUCGCAAGCUCUUCAAGGCACUAUGCUGGUCGGUCCUUCCAGAUAUUUCGGGCACUCAAACAACCUCUGUCAGCACAUGCCUUGUCUGACCUUCUCUCAAGACUGGUAGAGGUGAUUGGAGAACAUGGAGAUGAGAUUCAGGGUUAUGUAAUGGAAGCACUCCUUACCUUGGAGGCUGCCGUGGAUAACUUGUCUGACUGCUUGAAGAACAGUGAUCUCUUAACUGUGUUAUCUCGCUCUUCAUCACCAGAUUUAAGCUCCAGCACUAAACUAACAGCAAGCAGAAAGAGCACAGGACAACUAAACGUGAACCCUGGAGCAGCCAGUGGCAACACAGCGACUGCAGAACGGAGCCGGCAUCAAAGAAGCUUCUCUGUGCCCAAGAAGUUUGGUGUUGUUGACCGAUCCUCAGACCCACCUCGGAGUGCCACACUGGACAGAAUUCAGGCUUGUACCCAGCAAGGCCUCUCCUCAAAAACCAGAAGCUCAUCCUCUUUAAAGGACAGCCUCACAGACCCAUCACACGUAAACCAUCCAACCAACCUGUUGGCCACCAUCUUUUGGGUGACAGUGGCCUUGAUGGAAUCUGAUUUUGAGUUUGAAUACCUAAUGGCCUUGAGACUGUUGAAUAGACUAUUGGCUCACAUGCCACUCGAUAAAGCUGAGAACCGAGAAAAACUUGAGAAACUCCAGGCGCAGCUCAAGUGGGCGGACUUCUCAGGGUUGCAGCAGCUGCUGCUGAAAGGAUUCACCUCCCUCACCACCACAGACCUUACCCUGCAACUUUUCAGUUUGCUGACGCCAGUGUCCAAAGUAUCCAUGGUGGAUUCAUCUCAAACCAUUGGGUUUCCACUGAAUGUUUUGUGUCUCCUGCCCCAGCUGAUUCAGCAUUUUGAAAAUCCCAAUCAGUUCUGUAAAGAUAUAGCCGAAAGGAUCGCUCAGGUUUGUUUGGAAGAGAAGAACCCCAAACUUUCCAAUCUUGCACAUGUCAUGACUCUUUAUAAAACACACAGCUACACGAGGGACUGUGCCACAUGGGUCAAUGUGGUCUGUCGAUACCUUCAUGAAGCAUAUGCUGACAUUACCUUGAAUAUGGUUACCUACCUGGCAGAGUUGCUGGAGAAGGGCCUCCCUAGUAUGCAGCAGCCCCUCCUCCAGGUCAUCUACAGUCUGCUCAGCUACAUGGACCUCUCAGUCGUCCCUGUAAAGCAGUUUAAUGUGGAAGUUCUGAAGACCAUUGAAAAAUAUGUGCAAAGUGUUCACUGGAGAGAAGCUUUGAAUAUCUUAAAGCUGGUAGUUUCUCGAUCUGCCAGCCUAGUGUUGCCUUCUUAUCAGCACAGUGACCUCUCAAAGAUAGAAAUACAUCGAGUGUGGACGAGUGCGUCUAAGGAAUUACCUGGAAAAACCCUGGACUUUCACUUUGAUAUUUCAGAGACACCAAUCAUCGGGAGGCGAUAUGAUGAACUGCAGAAUUCUUCUGGGCGUGAUGGGAAGCCCAGGGCUAUGGCCGUCACCCGGAGCACGUCCUCCACCUCGUCAGGCUCCAACUCCAAUGUCCUUGUUCCUGUAAGCUGGAAAAGGCCCCAGUAUUCUCAGAAGAGGACAAAAGAGAAGUUGGUGCACGUCCUUUCUCUGUGUGGCCAAGAAGUAGGAUUGAGCAAAAAUCCAUCAGUGAUUUUUUCAUCAUGUGGGGAUUUGGAUCUGCUUGAGCACCAGACAAGCUUGGUGUCCUCUGAGGACGGCGCCCGAGAGCAGGAGAACAUGGAUGACACAAACAGUGAGCAGCAAUUCAGAGUCUUUAGAGACUUUGAUUUCCUAGACGUGGAGCUGGAGGAUGGAGAGGAACUUCAGGGCGAGAGUAUGGACAAUUUCAACUGGGGAGUUCGCAGGCGUUCUCUGGAUAGUCUGGACAAGUGUGAUAUGCAGCUUCUGGAGGAGCGCCAACUUUCAGGAAGUUCUCCCAGCCUCAAUAAAAUGAACCAUGAGGAUUCUGAUGAAUCCUCCGAAGAGGAAGACCUCACAGCCAGCCAGAUCCUGGAGCACUCUGACCUAAUCAUGACUCUCUCUCCUUCUGAGGAGGCUAACCCCAUGGAAUCGCUCACUACAGCCUGCGACAUGACCCCUGCUGAUCCUCAUUCCUUUAACAGCAGAAUGGCUAGCUUUGACGCUUCUUUGCCUGAUAUGAAUAAUCUUCAGAUUUCUGAGGGUUCAAAGGCUGAAGCUGUCCAGGAGGAAGAAGACACCACCGUGCAUGAGGAUGAUCUUUCCAGUUCCAUCAAUGAACUCCCCGCAACUUUCGAAUGCAGCGAUAGCUUUAGCCUGGAUAUGACUGAGGCAGAAGAAAAAGGCAAUCGAGCCCUGGACGAGUAUACCCUUGCAAGCUUUGGAGAAGGUGACAGGGGAGUCUCUCCCCCUCCCUCGCCCUUCUUCUCGGCCAUCCUUGCUGCAUUUCAGCCCACGGCCUGUGAUGAUGCAGAGGAAGCCUGGCGCAGCCACAUCAACCAGCUCAUGUGCGACUCAGACGGCUCCUGUGCUGUGUAUACGUUUCAUGUGUUCUCCUCCUUGUUUAAGAAUAUUCAGAAAAGGUUCUGCUUCCUGACCUGUGAUGCAGCCAGUUACCUUGGAGAUAACCUCCGGGGAAUCGGAUCCAAGUUUGUUAGCUCUUCCCAGAUGCUCACCUCCUGCUCUGAAUGCCCGACACUUUUCGUGGAUGCGGAGACUCUCCUUUCUUGUGGACUUCUGGACAAGCUCAAGUUCAGUGUUUUAGAACUCCAAGAAUAUUUGGAUACCUACAACAACAGAAAAGAGGCCACUCUCUCAUGGCUUGCAAAUUGUAAGGCAACAUUUGCAGGAGGAUCAAGAGAUGGAGUAAUUACUUGUCAACCAGGGGACUCAGAAGAAAAGCAAAUGGAAUCUCUUGCACAAUUGGAACUGUGUCAGAGAUUAUACAAGCUACACUUCCAGCUGCUGCUGCUUUUUCAGUCCUACUGUAAGCUCAUCGGCCAGGUGCAUGAAGUCAGCUCCAUGCCAGAGCUGCUAAAUAUGUCCAGGGAACUGAGUGACUUAAAGAAAAACCUGAAGGAGGCCACUGCAGCCAUUGCAGCUGACCCUCUCUAUAUAGAGGGUGCGUGGUCUGAGCCAACCUUCACGUCCACUGAAGCAGCCAUCCAGUCCAUGCUGGAGUGCUUGAAGAACAAUGAACUUGGCAAGGCUUUACGGCAAAUCAGGGAAUGCAGAAGUCUGUGGCCCAAUGACAUCUUUGGAAGCAGUUCUGAUGAUGAGGUCCAGACACUACUGAAUAUUUAUUUCCGUCAUCAAACUCUAGGACAAACGGGUACUUAUGCAUUGGUGGGGUCAAACCAGAGCCUGACCGAAAUCUGCACCAAGCUGAUGGAGCUGAACAUGGAGAUUCGGGACAUGAUUCGCAGGGCUCAGAGUUACCGAGUCCUCACUGCUUUUCUUCCAGACUCCAGUGUUUCUGGCACUAGUCUCUGACAGGAGCCUCCGGUCCCCCAUGCGUUCCAAACUGGGGGUGCUGCCAUGCUGGGGUGACGUCAUUCAGUGUCUUCUCAGCCUUCGGAAGGCUUGGUCAGACUGUUCUCUGUCUUGUUACCUGUAGGACUUUUUCUAAAGAGGAUGGCAGAACUUCCAACGUGUAGCAAUACUAUAAGAACCAAGGCAGCAUAGAACAUGCUGUGACAGCCUCCAUCCGUCAUGCUGUGUGGGACUAACGUGUUACCAUUUUACUGAGCAAAUGCAACUCACUACUGAAGAAAUGACUUCCAUUGCAUACCAAAGCCGACUACACUGAACAAUACCUUCCUUUCUAGAAACAAUUUUAGAUUGGCAAAAGUGCAAUGUUUUCUUCACUAAAAAAAUAUUUUAUAUUCUAAAACUUGUACAUUCUUUUCCUUUAUUUUUCCUUUUUUUUUCUUUUUUCGGUGGGCUGAAGAAGGGACAGGCAGAAUGAAGCUGGCCACUGAAAACCAUAAGAUGGUCAAAAGCUGACAGCCUGUAUAUGUGAAAACGGAAUUGUAAAUGGACAAUUUAAUGUACACUGUAAUUUGAAUACAAUUAACUGCAUUAUGGAGCUGCUAUGAAGUACCUUUCUUAUGUUGCUAGGCUACUGUUUCUGAAAGCCCUGGAUCUCUCUGCAGGGGCCUGUGAUUAGGACCCUAGCACCAAAAAUGGUCGAGAUAAGACUUUUUUUUAAGGAUCUUGGCUGCUUUUUACUAGAAGGUUGCUUUUAUGGGCAUAUUUAUACACAGAAGGAUGAGUGUUAAUUUUAACCAAUUUUGCCAUUUUGUAGAAAAAAGUUAAAGACAUUCACAUUAUAAAUUCCAAGUCUUUCCACCUGUCACGCAUGCGUAUUUUAAUAUCCAUUUGGAUAGCCAGAAGUAGAAUCAUAAAGGUAAAAUGAGUUGUCACUUUGUUUAAGAAAUGUCAUAUUUUAUUUGUAAUAUAUAUGUAAAAGGCCAUUCUUAAGUUUUCUCCUUAAACUUAAUGCUGUCAAGUGUUAGAUGUGUGCAUGUAAACCUACUGCACAUCGGAAACAUAUUCAAAGUUUAUCUAUGUAACUUAUUCACUCUGUAAAUACAUUUAAAGUUUUUGUGAUGUAAUCUUGGUUGAUAUUAUGUUCAGAACUUCCUUUAGACU